AUGUCUGAUCCCCAAGCACGGUUACAGGCGCUGUCUGAAGACUUUCAGAAGCUUCAAGGCGAACUUCAGAACGCUGUGGCGUCGCGACAGAAGUUGGAGGGCCAGAAGCAGGAGAAUCUUGGUGUGCAGCAGGAAUUUGAGCGACUACAAGAGGGAGAGACAAUCUACAAACUCGCUGGGCCAGUGUUGCUCAAGCAAGACAAGUUUGAGGCUGAUAACACAGUCAAGGGUCGUCUAGACUUUAUCAGUAGUGAAAUUACACGGCUAGAAGACACAAUCAAGGAGACACAAGAGAAGCUUGAGAAGAAAAAGACAGAGAUCAUUCAGAUCCAGACCGCAGCUCAAAGCCAGGGCAAGGAAGCACCUCAGUAA